AUGGGCCAUGCGGCGUGCCAACAGAUAAAAUGCAUCGGAUUUUUGGUAUUUUGCGGGUUGCUGAGGGAAUGCGCCACUGCUGCGAUCGGCCCUCAGCUACGCGAGGCUACGGCGGAAGAAAUGGAGGAUGUGGAACCGAUUAGCGAUUACACCUCAUUCGAAAUCACGAUACCAUCGAUACCAGCAUGGCCAAGGAUCCCGCCUCCAAACACGGACAAUGCUGGAUUUUCCCUGAUCGAGCCAGAAAAACCUCGGCCAAAUUCACACCCUUCUACCGACCAGCAGAAGCGGAAUAUAAUGACCACCUCGCUCUCCCCGUGCAACAUCCCUCGGCCCGACUCGCCCGGAUUCCAGGAAUUCUGCCAAGUACAGUACCACCAGUCACUCGCCGUCUGCGAUCCCGGAAGUCUGUUGUCGCGGACGGAGACCGAACUCAUUGAUGAGCAGAUUGGGAGGCUGAAUCUGAGCGGGUGCAUUUGCGGCAGCUGUUCUGAUGACCCUAGGCCGACUGUAGCCCUGAUGGUGGUUUCGCUGGCUGAUUGGGCUGGAGUCCAAUCCUGUGGAAAUCUGGCUGCAGCUCCACCACCGUCUAGAGCUUCAGCUGCCUUCCUUUUUGCACAGUUCCUAGCCGACUCCUGGGCCCACAGUUGCCGCCCCGAUCUCCUUCUCGUCUACGUUGAGCGCUGGGUGGGCGAGAGGACGCAUCGACCGCACUUGGUCCCGAUUUUUCAAAACGACUACAGCCGUCUGUCGACCAGAAGUCGCCCAACAGCCUUGCGAGGUACCAAUCAGCUCCUCGCUGAGACGGUGAUAGCGCUCAACACCGCGAAGCGGCUUUUUGGGACUGCGUUGGCUACGCCCCGGACCUCGAUCCCCCAAUGGGCUGUGCAACUCGUCAUCUCGCUACUCGUUUUCAUGUGUCUGGCCAUCUAUGCGGCAGAUUAUAUCACGAGUCGGAUCGGGCUGAGGAGGGCGUCAAAAAAAUCUUCCACGAGCUCCCACCGCCCGUAUCGACUCCGCCCCGGCAUGUAUGGCCAUACGAUGAUGAAUGAACAACGUCCGGGUGGGCCGGUCCGGAAGAGCACGAUGAUGUUCCGCUCCUUCAACAAGAGCAGAUAUGCUCAGGUGCCGGUGGCGAAUAGAAUC